CGGCGCCGAGUGUGGAGUCCUAGUCGCGAUGUGCGGCGUCUUGUGUGUGCAGGCCGCCGGGGCCGUCCGGGCGCUUAGGUUCGUGCGCUGGGCUUCCCGAAACCAGCCGCCGCUCGGUGGCCGGGCUCAGGCCCCGCCCGCGGCCGAGGAAGAGGACGACCCUGACCGUCCCAUUCACUUCUCCUCCAGCAGAGCCCACCCGUCUCGCUGGACGGUGCAACAUUCCCUGGGAAAGGAGCAGCAACGGCCCUGGUGGAGGGUGUUGCCCUUCAGCCUCUCCCUCACGGUUCUGGUCGUCUGGUGCUUCUUUAGGCAGGAGACCGGCGCGGACCGGUGGUUGAAACAGGUGUUGGGAGAAGAGGAGGCGGAGCCCGGCGAUGGUUUGCAGGAGGCUGGAGCUCCGGCUUCCCACCAGGCGAGAACUUAGCGGGCUGCUCGCGGAGGCUAACGGCGAGGGUACAGGCAGCCGCCCUGACGCUUUUGCCAUCGCGUUUGGCCGUUUCUGCCGUGGUUAUGCGCGUCCCCGGAGUGAAGGACUCGGCGCACCUGGCCACGCUGACCCGCGUUGAAGGCAGAGCAGAACGUCGUCACGUCGGAACCGGCUCUUUUCCGAACACUUGAUGCCCAACGAAUACGUCCAAAAGACAUUUCAUUUUCAGAUCCCCAGAAAAGGUUUUCGGUGGCAUUGUGUGCUGUUGAAUUUCUGAUGUGUCUUUCUACAACGUGAUCGUGUUUCCAAAGCAAUUCUGGUGACACUUGUUUGCAGGUCAUUUGCUUUCUGAGACAGAAUAACUGGCAGAAAAGUUAAACUUUGAUUUGCAAUGUACUGUAGUGCGUAGAAAUUGAUAUUAGUUUUACAAACUGGCAAUACAUUUUAAUUUAGUAACAUGGAAUUAAGCCAAUCCCUUCCCCUUUUUUGCAUUUCAUUAAAAAAGGGGGGGGGGGAGACUUUUAGUCCUUUCCAGUUCCUUUGUUUUUCUCUUUUUCCAGAAUAGGAACUGAGGAAAGAAAUCUAAAUGUAAAUUGUGGAAUUUACAAAGGAUACCAGAAAUAAUGAACUUUCUCAGCUCUACAAAUUUUUAUUUUUAGCAAGGUGACAAUUUUCUGAGCAGAAUAAGACUGAUAAGUUUUGUUUUGUUUUUUUUGACAAAUUGCAGGCAAUAUUUUUGGGUAUAUAAAUGAUAUGCUUUUCAAGUACUACUUAGUAAGAAACUGCUUAAUUCUGAAUUAAAUAUAAGAUGCACAAAACGAGGGUUUUUAUUUACUUAUGCUUCUAGUGGAAGGUUUUAUCUUGGCAUGUCUGUGGUGCCAAAGUUACCUGGAGGUUUCUUUCAUUCAGGUGUUGGAAGGCUGCUGGUUACCUGCCAGCAUACGGCUUCCGGAAGGGUCUCUAUGCCGGAGUACUCUCAGUGUCCGGCCCACCUGGGUAAAUUAGGCUUGUUACAGAAGUGGAACCGAUACAAGUAUGUUCAUUAUUUAAACACAGGUCAAGGUUUGGAAAGACUGACCUAAUUGUAUCUCAGGCUGCAUUGUUAUCCCAGCGGGAACAAAGAAAUAAGCCGUCCUUUCCCUAACCUGGCAUGGUGGUUAUCUGUUUAAUUGUGAACUAUUUUGUUUGAGCAAGUCAUUUAAACCUGAACCCUUACUUUUCUCUCACUAGUUCCUGCAGGGGAAAAAAACGUCAGACCUAAUGAAAAGAAUUUUUGUUUGUUUGUUUUGUUUUAAGAUUUUAUUUAUUCAUGAGAGGUAGAGAAAGAGAGAGAGUGGGAGA